AGCCGGGGUUCAGCUGCAGUAACACACCGGGUACCGUUGGACACCCCCAGCUCCGCUCUGCUCCACGGAGAGGAACACUGACAGAGAUACAACAAUGAGAGAAGCAUCGCACUGCUCUCACAUGGCGUGAUUGUUUCACAGAUUAACUGUGCGAGAAGUUGCCGCGGAGUCCCUGAUGGAGAAUCCCCAGACAGACGACACACUGGAAGUCAUUCAGACGCCCUCUAUCCCGUAGCGAGCGCACGCCGUUCACCAUGUUCCACCAAGCCGCCGAGGAGGCCAGCGGGAACGCCAGCUGCGAGGAGCAGCCCUCGCCCGUCCCCUCCUCCUCCUCCGCUGCCGCCUGCAACUCCAGCGCGGGCGGGGGAGGGGGGGACGCGCUCCUGCUGCCCACCUUCUCCACCGCCGCCAAGGCGCGGGUCGUCAUCACCUUCACCCUGUGCGCCGUGUCCGCCGUGUGCAACCUGGCCGUGCUGUGGGCCGCCAGCCACGGCGGCCGCCGCAAGUCCCACGUCCGCAUCCUGAUCGUGAACCUGACGGCGGCCGACCUGCUGGUCACCUUCAUCGUGAUGCCCGUGGACGCGGCGUGGAACAUCACCGUGCAGUGGCAGGCGGGAGACGUGGCCUGCCGGGCGCUCAUGUUCCUCAAGCUGGUGGCCAUGUACUCGUGCGCCUUCGUCACCGUGGUGAUCAGCCUGGACCGCCACUCGGCCAUCCUCAACCCGCUGGGCAUCAGCGAGGCCAAGAGGAGGAGUCAGAUCAUGCUGUCGGUGGCGUGGACCAUGAGCGUGCUGCUCUCGCUCCCGCAGAUCUUCAUCUUCCACAACGUGACCAUCACGGUGCCAGAGCGCUUCACCCAGUGCACCACUCGCGGGAGCUUCGUGCAGCACUGGCAGGAGACUGUCUACAACCUGUUCACCUUCGUGUGUCUCUUCCUGCUGCCCCUGGUCAUCAUGAUCUUCUGCUACGCCCGCAUCCUGGUGGAGAUCUCCAGCCGCAUGGGGAGAGGCAGCCGGCUCUCUCGAGAGGUCCACCUCCGCCGCUCGCACAACAACAUCCCCAAAGCCCGCAUGAGGACCUUGAAGAUGAGCAUCGUCAUCGUCACGUCCUUCAUCGUUUGCUGGACCCCCUACUACCUGCUGGGCCUGUGGUACUGGCUGUUCCCUGAGGACAUGGAGGAGACCGUGUCCCACUCGUUGACGCACAUGCUGUUCAUUUUCGGCUUGUUCAACGCCUGCCUGGACCCCAUCACGUACGGCCUCUUCACCAUCCACUUCCACCACGGCCUCAAGAGGCAUCACUUGAAUGCCGCCGCCGCCACGGCGACCGCCUCGGCGACCGCCUCGGCGACCGCCUCGGCCGACCACAACAACCGGUUGCCCUCCAGGGCUCUGCACAUGCGCCGGCUCCCCGCUCACAGGCCGACGGCGGGCCCCGUCGAUGGCAGCGAGCAGAGGGGCCAGCAGGAGGAGACCUGCCACAGCGUUAAGAGUAGCUUUGUGUCCGUUAGCAACGGGAGCCAGGACGACGCCCAGAAGUCCGGCCCCAUCAGCCAGGUGUAAUGAGUUAGAAUAACGUUCCUGAAUCGCUGCCACAUGGAGCGCCGGAAUGUGUGCAAAAGAGAUUGGUUUAGUUGUAAGGACUUUGAAAUACUUGACUAUUAAAAAUAAUAAAGUGUUGUAAUGUUUUAUUUUCAGAGGAGGCUUGCUGAUGCAGAGGAAGUUACAAUAUGACGUGAUUUGUCCAGCAGAAUGUACAAUUAUGUGGUUUGCUUUUGUGGUGUGCUUUGUGUGAAACUGUUUGGGCGCAGUAUUUAUAAUGUUUUGUUAUUAUAGAUACCUAUUAUAAUUAUGAAAAUACACACGAAGCACAACCAUCCUAGUCGAUAUAAGGCCAUGUUAUAUUGUGCAAUUAUCUUUAACUGUUCAAAUUAAUUUACGUAAUGUUACAUAUGAACUUACUGUUAAAUUGUUUUGAAUUGUUGAAUGUGGGAACAGCAAUUCAUAUUUUCUGUACUUUUUGCUGCUGUAAUGAUGAGGUGUGAACUACAAAAAACGUAUAAUUUCAGGACAAAUUGUACCUGGAGUAUACUAAGAAUUUGAUGAGCUCACACCCCUUCUUCUGUUCUCUCGAAAUAAUCAAUAGCAUAUAAGAUGUGGAUAAUUGCAUGCCAUCGAUGUGUGCAAAUGCAGCACAUGGAGUUGUACACAUUCGUAUCGAUAUUUUUAUAUGCUGUCUGUGAUGCAAAAACCAUACGUUAUCUUCCCAGUGUGGGAAAAUAAAACCAAAACAUCAAUCACGCCUA